UUCUUUAUAAAGAAGAAGGAAGGGACGGAUGAGGAAGAAACACUAUCAAUCAUUACUAGUAUUUACUACUGUACAUCUCUCCCUCCAUCCCUCCCACCCUCUCAUCAAUCUGUAUUUCCUGUCCCUCUUCUCGACUUCACUUAUUAUCCUUAUUCUAUCCUGAAUGUAACUUCUCUGCUGUUCUAAUCAUAUCCUUCACUACAUUUACUAUCGACUUCACUCUCACUCCCACCUAAGUCACAGAAGAUUCUCGAAUUAUGGCGCGAAUCAAAGAAUGGGUUGAGAAGUUGGAGGUGCCGUCGGAACCCGGCCUGACCAACACACAAUUGAUGUUGACGAACCAUGACUUGCGGCCAGUCGAACCCGAGCGUCGUCAAUGGAAAUGGUUCAACUUCGUCGCGUUCUGGAUUGCGGACUCAUUGAAUAUUAACACGUGGAUGAUCUCGUCCUCGAUGAUCGUUGAUGGUUUAUCAUGGUGGCAGUCAUGGAUUUGCGUCUGGGUCGGAUACUUCAUUGCCGCCUGUUUUGUAUGCUUGACGGGUCGCAUCGGUGCCGUUUACCACCUUUCUUUCCCGGUGGUCUGUCGAUCCACAUUCGGCGUUUGGGGGUCGCUCUGGCCGGUGUUCAAUCGAGCUGCAAUGGCGGUUAUUUGGUACGGUGUUCAGGGUUACAUCGGAGGCCAGUGCGUGACAUUAAUGAUCAGCUCAAUCUGGCCCAGUUACAACCACCUACCCAACUCCAUUCCCGCCAGUUCGGGCGUCACAACCAGGGACUUCGUGAGCUUUUUUCUUUUUUGGCUACUCUCCCUGCCGGCCCUUUGGUUUCCUGUGCACAAACUCCGGCAUCUCUUUACUGUCAAGGCAGUCUAUUCACCGAUUGCGGCUAUCUCUUUCUUCGCCUGGGCCAUCGCACGCGCCAAGGGCCUUGGGCCCAUUGUGCAUCAGCCACACACCGUACACGGCAGUGCGCUGGCGUGGGCGGUGGUGAAGGCGAUAAUGAGCUGCUUGGGCAAUUUUGCGACGCUGAUUGUAAACGAUCCCGACUUUUCGAGGUUCGCCCGGAAACCAAAGGAUGCACUAUGGUCUCAGCUCCUAACAAUUCCCAUCGGCUUUGGAGUCACCUCUUUUAUCGGUAUUAUUGCGUCCUCAUCCUCGGCGGUUAUCUUUGGCGGAGAGAUGGUGUGGAAUCCUCUCGACUUGUUGAGCAAAUUCCUGGUUGGCGCCAGCUCGGCGGAGCGAUUUGGGAUCUUUGUGAUUUCUACAGGGUUUGCUCUAGCUCAGUUGGGAACGAACAUCUCUGCAAACUCCGUUUCCGCAGGUACGGAUAUGACGGCAUUGCUUCCGAGAUAUCUUACGAUCCGGCGCGGAAGCUAUAUUUGCGCCGCUGUUGGUCUGGCUAUGAAUCCGUGGAACCUCGUGGCUUCAUCCAACAGCUUCACCACUUAUCUCUCUGCCUAUUCGAUCUUCCUCUCUUCCAUCGCGGGCCCCAUGCUGUGUGACUAUUACAUCGUUCGCAAGGGUUACCUGCGAGUGAAAGAACUGUACACUGCACAGGAGGGCUCUGCAUACCGAUUUGUCUACGGCUUCUCGUGGCAGGCAUACGCCUCGUAUAUUGCAGGAAUCCUCGUCAAUAUCGUCGGCUUCGCUGGUGCCGUUGGACGCAAGGUGCCUGUGGGCGCCCAGUACAUAUACAACGUUAACUACUUCUCGGGAAUAGUUGUGUCUGCCCUCAUGUACUACAUCCUGACCCGGCUCUUCCCCGUCCCCGCGACUAGCUCCACCUGGUCAGAAGUCGAUCAAGAUGUGGACAGUCUGUCUGUCGCGUACGGAGAGGAAGUCGACGCGUACGAUAUACCCGAACCGACGAAAGCAGAUUCUCUAAAUUAUGGCACGCUCCAGGAGCGGAAAGUACCGAAGGCUGGGUCAUCAGCCGCUGUAUGAUUAAUGAGACAUGAUUUAAAAUACUAUGCUUAGUGAUACUUUGCUUGACUUCAUCCUUAUUCGACUUUAAUAGAAUUGAACACGCAAGAUGACAAUUUUUUUAUCAUUCUUCAAUUGAGCCUUAUUAUGGAAACUGUUGCUAUACCCCAAGGAAUAUUUCGAAGCGAAAGGGCAGUCGUAUUACCCAACAGCAAACUCACCAUCCAAGCUCCUGAUAUCUUGACCACAUUAUUUUUAGAUCGCCAAACC